ACCAGCUCAGCCUUCACAUCCCCAUCUCCUGUGACAGUCAUCCCAAGGGGGUGACAGCUGCCAUCCUGAUGUUCUCCAAGAUCUUCAGUUUUAAAAGUAAAUCAGGCAGGGGGCAGGACACCCCCAAAUCAUCAGAUCAGGGCGUUAAGAAAGCUGAAGAUGCUUGCUUAAACAACGAUAUUGAAUUUGAUAUUCCAAGACCCGACGAAGAGGACGCAAGAUGUGUGAGUGUGCUGGUGGUGGGUGCCGGAAGUCGCGGGAAAUGCUACACUUAUUAUGCCGUGAAUUUCCCCAGCCGAAUGAAGGUGGUUGGCGUGGCAGAUGUCCGGGCCUGUGUCAGAGAAGAUCUCAAAUUCAUGCAUAAUAUUGACGCUGACAAUGUUUUUGAAGACUGGAGAGAUGCGGCAGAAAAAGAAAAAAUUGCUGAUGCUGUGAUAAUAACAACCCCGGAUUCGAUGCAUAAGGAUCCCGCUGUAGCAUUUGCUAGGAAAGGCUACCAUAUUUUACUGGAAAAACCCAUGGCCGUAACUCCUGAAGAUUGUCGCGAAAUUGUUGCGGUUUGCAAAGAGAGUGGUAUAAUGCUUGCUGUUGGCCAUGUAAUGCGAUACCAUCCUGUCUCGCAGAAAAUAAAAGAGUUAAUUGACUCUGGAGUUAUUGGAGAUGUUGUUCACAUUCAACACAUGGAGCCGGUUGGACACUGGCAUUUUGCACACUCCUAUGUGAGAGGGAACUGGAGAAAUGAGAAGGAGAGCACGUUUUCCCUGCUAGCCAAGUCCUGUCAUGACAUUGACCUCAUAUGUUAUUGGAUGGGGAAGAAAAGAUGUGUAAAGGUGUCAUCAUUUGGAACUUUGUCCCAUUUUACUAAAGAAAACAAGCCCAAGGAUGCGAGCAGCCGAUGCUUAGACUGUUCAGUGGAAGGGACCUGUCCAUAUUCGGCAAAGAAGAUAUAUUUGAAGAAGGGUGAACAGGGGAUGUUUGGCUGGCCCGUGGAUGUUGUUUGCAGUAAUGGCGUCUAUGACGUGGAAUCAUUAACUGAGGCUCUGAGGACAGGUCCCUAUGGGAGAUGCGUAUACGAAUGUGACAAUGAUGUUGCAACCAAUCAGGUCGUUAACCUGGAGUUUGAAGGAGGUCUCACUGCUGCUUUUACCAUGAUGGCUUUUACGCACGCCCUUGGUGUUAGAAGUACCACGAUCUAUGGAUCUAAGGGAGAGUUACGCUGCAGAGGCCGUGGACCGAUUGAGGUUUAUGAAUUUGCCUCAGGAACUGAAAAUUCACAUCAAGUAAAGAGGCUUGGAUUUAUCCCGGUUAAGCUGAUGGGCCACAGUGGAGCAGACUACUUCCUCAUAAACAGUUUUAUUUCAGCAGUUGCAAAGAACGAUCCAUCACUUAUUCAGACGGGCCCAGAUGCCACCCUACGAAGCCAUCUCCUUGUGUUUGAGGCAGAGCGGUCAAGAAAAGAAAGCUGCGUGGUCCACCUAGACCACGAAAGUAUUUAAGAAACCUAUACGUACGUUUAUUAGAUCCAGUUACAAAGUUACCAAAGCCUACUGUCUGAGAAGCCCUGCUUUCAUUAUUUCACUCAAUUAAGUCUGCUUUUUUUAAUUUGGUACAAGCCACUGAUUCAUCCUAUAUACACAGUAAAUGAAGAGUUAAUGCGAUUAUGGAAUUGUUACCCUGAUGACUUGUUCAAUUGUUGUGCCAAAUCUGUGUUGAAAUGUUUGGGGUGAUACCCGUUAUCUACUCAAGCAUGGAGGAAGCCACAAGGAUUCAAGUUUUAGCAGUUGAGUUAAAAGGCCUAGAAGGUUGGGGGCAUCGGGAGCAUCAGGUCCACCCCAGGUCCAUUGAAC